AUGGCCGAUACAGAAAUCCAAACCCCCGCUCCUCUCAUCGCAAACACAGACGAAGGCGAACAUACGUAUAAAUUUGGUAUUGCAAUGUCUUGUGGUGGAUGUUCUGGGGCUGUUGAUCGGGUUUUGAAGAAGCUUGAUGGAGUCAAAGCAUAUGAAGUAAAUCUAAAAGGUCAAAGUGCAACGGUGAUCGCAAAGUCGGAUUUGGAUUAUGAGACGGUUUUGGGCAAGAUUGUGAAGACGGGGAAGAAGGUGGUUAGUGGGGAGGCGGAUGGGGUGGAGAGGGCGGUGCUGGUUGAGGAAGAAUAG